GUGAGUGUGCGCCAGCGCAAACACGCAUCGGUCUUCCGUCAGCAUUCAGUGCAGCUACAACACUGGCCGCGUACGAACUUAGGACGAUAACUUCAUAUUAGAGUGAACUGUGAACUCGUUUGUGGCUUGUGUCUGUGAAUUUAAGUUCGACGUUCUGGCAGUAGCGUUCGCAGUGUAGAUUUUCUGAUCCGUGGGCGCUUCUUGGUGAUAAAGCUGUUUUCAUAGAGAUACAUUUUCAAGAAAAAAGAAGAUUUCCUGUUAUUUUAUUGGGGGCCGAGCCCGGAUAAUGCGGUUAUCGCACAAAAUGCGACAGCAUCAAAAGCGUGCUCUAUUCUGAAACAGCGCGAAUAAAAACAACAGAGCCACUAUGGAUCGUCGACUAAUUGCUCUUUUGGCGGUGGCCGCCCAUUUAAGUUGUAUGACACCAGUACGAGCACAAGGAAAUCUCCUCACUCAGACUGUCUAUGGAUUCUUGGACUUCACGACAACCAUUGGCAAUACCGUAAUGGUGUUCUCGCCACAGUCAGCGCCUCCGCCAGAACCGCCCAAGACUGAAAAGUCAGUUCAAGAAAACAUCAUCGAAACGAAACCUCCACCGCCAUCAGUUACAAAUGUCAACCCGGAAGCCAUCAAACCUAGUAAACUGUCAGACAAAAACAAAACCAAUAAGCCGGCUCCACCAGCUGUUGUGUCAAGUGCAGUAAACGUGGUCUCUUCAUCUCCUAAAAAAGAGGAAAAGAAAGGAAACACUCCAAAGUCAACAAUUAAAGAACAAAGCCAAGUCAUCACAAAAGUCGAAGUAGUAGCAGGACCUUCAAAAAUAGUAGAAAGUAGUUCACUAAAACAAAAAUCAAAUAAACAGAACUCUCAAUCUAGUAACAAGAAUAAAAAGAACGAAAUUAAGAGCGUUACAAACAUCGUGAGCAGUAAAGUUGAAGUAAAACAAGGCACGCCACCGUCGAUAAUAAGCUCCAAAAUCAAUAGCGUUGUUCAAGUAAAAUCGAGUCAGUCUGACGAAGAACCAGCUAUAUUAAUCUCGAACAAUAAUUUAGGCGAACCGGAAUACGAUUUCUUGUCGCGACAACCCUCUGAAUUUGUUGAAGAAACAUACAAAGUAAUUAACAUCAGACCCUCUAAAACUCAUGGAUCGAAGCCAAAGCACGCUCAUAAGAAUAGAGCCCACCAGCCUAGCCCUCCUUCGGAUGACGACGAACACCCUCUCGGCCUUGUAACUACUUUAGGCGGUACCAUCGUCAAAGAUGGACUUACAACGAUCCAUGAAACAAGUGUCAUAGGAACAUACAUUUCUGGAAAAUAUGCACAAGUUUUAAACAGUAACUCUAAAAUUAUACAGCCGGCCGGUCAUAGAGCCAAAAUAUCUCCCUCUCCCACACACAGAAUCCUUAAAACAGCCGCACCAGCUAUUUCUAAAAAUCACAGACACAACUUGGAACCGACUCCUUCUAUUGCUGAUGACGAUAGUAGCUUUGGUAAAACCUCACGCAGACAAACAAUAAGUGGCAGCUCAUUUAAAAAUCGACACCGAUCCCAAAACUUUGCUGAAAACGAUAAUCACGACAACAGUCCUGCUAAUCAAAGCAAAAAAUUCAAAAACCGAAAUGCCCAAAGGACUCCCAGUACUCGUUUUGGCCGUCCGGCAAACACAGCUCAACUGGCAACUGUGUCUGUUUUCAGUGAAACAGCGACACCGUCAUUCUCUAAUAGAAGAAAGAGCAGUCGAAAUUCAGGUCACAAAUCUGUGGUGACUCCCGCCAACAACAACGAGAAUCAGUCUCGGCGAGGAUUCAAACCUCGAGCUCAGCCAUCUCCAGUCGAACAAGUGACUCCAGCACCAUCAACAAGUCUUUAUAAAUUUAAACUGAACCGAACUCCGGGUUCAGGACGAUGGCAGUACAAAACUAGUCCUAAACCUAAAGUAACCAUCCGUAAGGCCACUAGUGAGGAGGAGCUGCAACAAACGACCCCUAAUAACAACCCUCUUCUGGAUGAUACGCAAUUAAACGAUAUUUCUCCUCAAGCAAGAUCAGAUAACGAUCUUGAGCUCUCUGGAUCUCAAAGUGGUCCAGGCACGCUACUUGACAAUGACACUGAGGACAAUUCAAUUGAAAAACUGCCACCAGUUGAAACACUAAAAGUCGAAAUUUCCACACCUGCCGACUUCAGUGACGUGUAUUACGAAAUUGCAACAAUUAAAUCGCCCUAUACUUUCCAGGUUGGACGUGUUAAAAAUACUCGUGUCAUAACAGUAACCUCAACAAUAGAAAAACGUUUAGAACCAACAGUAGCUCCAUCGCAAAUUUCUCUCAACGAGCCUUUGACAGAAAACAUAUUGGCGACCGCAUCUCCCUAUGGCAAAGAUCACAAUUUAGAUUCAAGCAUCGCUACUCUACCAGCUAUAACGCUGCCUUCUGACAUGGAAACCCCGCCACUUGAAACUAUUACUGAAACAUUCAGUACAACGCAAAACAUGCUUAAAACUCACAUUCUACCCGUAGUAAGAGACGUCAACAUGACAAGUAGCUUGACUUUUAUUCAAACAUACCAAAUCACAAGAUUCGUUACGGCAACGAAAACUUUACCACCAAUGGAUUACUUCCAAUUCAUACCCAGCAAAACAUUAAAGGAAUUCAACAGCCGACUGGACGAAGCAGGUUCAGAAUUACAUUUGGAACUAGAUUUUGGAGAUAGCACCGAAGACGAAGAUGGUGUUCCUCGACGAGUCUUCCCACCAGAAUUGGAUCUCGCUAAUAUUGGCUCUGAUUUCGAUUUAACCGAAAUAGACAAAUACGGAGCGGACAACCAUUUAAGGCUCAAAAAAGCACACGGACAAAACAAAGCAAACCAUGUAACGGAAGCACCAAACGUGCCGACUCCCGCUUUAACUCCCGAACAAGCGCAACAAUUGGCUCUGCUUAGACUCCUCAAUCCAGCCGCUGCAGCUCAAAUACCUAACGUCGUUACGACUUCGAAACCUAUUUUCAAAUACGAAACCAUUUAUGAAUCGCAUGUCAUUCCAUUCUUCGACGGAAGAAAUACAGUGCAAAGCACCAUUUCACGACCCAUUGCAACUGUCACGAAAACAGAGUACGAAAUAGGAACGAGUAGUUUGCCUGCUUUGCCUCUGCAACCGAUCAAUCCUUUGUUCCCUCAACAACAGUUUACUCUAAUUUCGACACCGGUCGUCAUGAACACCGAAGUAAUAGCAACUGAUAGUCAAAUUCUAAAAUUAACUUUCGGUGCGAAAACCGUGUACACGACAUUGUUCACGACCAAAGUCGUACCGACCGUGCUUACUUCCUACGUAACCUCAUCGAUACCUGUACAAGCCUCGGCGGGCUACCCGGGAUACUUCCCGCCACCCUUCGCACCUUACCCAUAUGUAGGUUAAGUGACCGUUCAAAUCUAGUUAAAUAUGUGGGUGGACGUUAAAUAAAUCACGGACGAAAACAAGUGCAGUGAUGAUGAAAAUACCGUAAGUUUUGCUGAAGAAACGAAACUUUAAAAUGUGAGUGUGUUGUAGCAGUGCACGUGAUAAACUAUACGCGAGCGAGUGAACAGUAAACAGUGCAAAAGCAGCAAAACUACGGGAUUUAUAGCUUUUGUGGGCACAUGAACGCUGUGAAGUAGAGCUUCUUUAUAAAGUUUUUCGAAAUCGCGACUCCCAUAUUAUAGGUGCUUUAAAAUAUGUUUGUUAAUAAAUACAUAUAUUCUAAUUCAUUUUAUACUGUACAUUAGUAUUAUAAUGGAUACUUUGUAAAUAAACAUUCUUAUUUAUCUUAUUAGGGUAUUUACUGUAAAUAGAUUUACUGUAGAUAGCAUGUUAAAAUUUUAUAUUUUUGUACCCAAUGUACCUAACUACUCACCUAUUUUUUUACUUUUGUACGAGUAUCGCUUAAAUAAAUGGGUUUUAAGUUAGAAACUUUAUGUCAAAUUUUAAGUAAAUAAAGUGUA